AUGGCUGAGAUUAAAACUCGUCUAUCACUUGACAAAGAACAAAUUUUAAAACAUGAAGAUAGUAUUUCACCUUUCCCAGAAGAUUCAUGGAAAAAUCAUUCACUUUUUAGAAGAAAAAUAGAUCCAAAAAAUUACGAUGAUAUUAUUGAAGUUACUGGAUAUAUAAAAAAAAUUGCACAAUUAGAAGAAAUACCAACACAUGGAAUUAUAUGCGGAUCUGGUUUAGGUGGUAUAGGAGAUAUUGUUAAAGAUCCAAUUAUAGUACCAUAUUAUAAAAUUCCUGGUUUUCCAAUUCCUAAAGUACCAGGACAUAAAGGAAAUUUAUUAUUUGGUAAAAUUGGUAAUAAAUAUGUUGCUUGUCUUCAAGGAAGAUUUCAUCCAUAUGAACAUGAUAUGGAUAUGGCACUUUGUUCAAUACCAAUACGUAUAUUACAUUUACUUGGUGUUAAAACAUUAGUUGUAUCAAAUGCUGCUGGUGGAAUAAAUCCAAAUUUUGAGUAUGGUGAUUUAAUGAUUAUCAAAGAUCAUAUAUUUAUGCCUGGUUUAUGUGGUUUUUCACCAUUUGUUGGUUUAAAAGAUCAACGUUUUGGAGCAAGAUUUGUUUCAGUUCAUGAUGCAUAUGAUAUUAAUAUAAGAAAAUUAGCUCUUAAAAUUGGAAAUGAACUUGGUAUUCGUAUAUCUGAAGGUAUAUAUGUAAUGUCAAGUGGUCCACAAUAUGAGACACCAGCGGAAGUAGUAUUAUACAAAAAUGUAGGUGCUGAUGCACUUGGUAUGUCUACAUGUCAUGAAGUUACAGUUGCAAGACAAUGUGGUAUUAAAUGUUUUGCAUUUUCUCUUAUAACUAAUAUUGCUAAUACUGAUGCUGAUAAAUCUGUUGUGGUUUCACAUGAAGAAGUAUUAGAAAUUUCUGCAAAUGCUUCAGCUCGUGCAUGUAAUUUUGUAAUGAAAUUACUUGAUACUAUGGAAUAG